AUGCCCGUCAAGCACCUUAAAGGCAUUGAGGAGUUCGACGAGGCGAUCAAAAACGGCCUCGCCAUCGUCGACUUCUUCGCCACCUGGUGUGGGCCUUGCAAAAUGAUUAGGCCAUUCCUCGAGGAGAAAAGCAACACCAUGACCCACAUCAACUUCUACGGGGUGGACGUGGACGAGAACCCGGAACUCUGCGAGCGGGAGAAGGUGCAGGCAAUGCCGACUUUCAAAUUGUACAAAGACGGAAAAGUGGUGGAAACAAUUGUGGGGGUUUUGAAGCCGAAGCUGGAGGAGGCGCUGAACAACUUGAAGUGA